AACAGAAUUAUUUAACGUCCAACAAUCGGGCCAAGCAGUUGUCUUGGUUUCCAAAGCUCUCUUUACGGGAAGUUUAUUCACUGUAUUCUGAUUGCUUCUUUUGAAAAAUAGUAAAAAAAAUAACAAUGUUCAUUAAGCUAUUUACUCUAAUGUUGGCCGUAACUGGAGUCUGGAGUGCUGCCCUGCCCGAAAAUCAGGUAGCAACGGCAGCUAGGACGUCGACUGGUGAUUUGGCCACAGCCGCGACUUCAGCCAAAUUGAUAAAUCUUUUUGGAACCGGCACUGGCUAUCCCAAUUAUGGCUAUAACUACAAUCGCCCAACGUACGGCUACAAUCCCGGUUAUAAUACGAACUACUACGGCUCAUCGGGAUAUUAUCCAGGCUCUGGCUAUGGCUCCACAACGUACUAUCCCAACCAGGGGGGCUAUGGAUCCUCGAACUACUAUCCAACCCAGGGCUAUGGCUCGGUUAACUAUUAUCCCACCAGCAGUUAUCCCACCACGAACAUUCUGGGAUCGCAGGGAGGAGGAUAUGGCGGAUAUGGUGGAUACGGAGGCUAUGUGCGCACCACUUUUGGCUAAAACCAGUCCAAUGGGAAGUCCGACUAAAACUUAACCAAAUGUUACGCUUCGGCACGCAUCAAAAUCAACACACAAAAAGAUCGUAAACUUAUAUAAGCAAUUUAUUAGGUAAAACAUCUCCGAAGGCGAAAUAACCUCUGAGCCGGAAUAUUUGGUCAGCCACUUUAACUGCACCGACGCACACAUCUCCUCAAGUUUUUGCUCGGAAACAAAGCUUGUGCAGCAUCUUGUCUUGACUAUUAAGUCUUAAAUUUUAAGAAAAGUCCUGUUUAUGUUUUCAACAUCGCCUUCUGCAAGCUCGUAAAUGCAGUGGAGCAAACUUUUCGUUGCAAUUUUCCAGGGAAAAGUGCCCGAAUCCCUCCUCCGCCAGUUGAGCAUGUGCGGAGAGCAAUUUGUGAUAAGCUAAUAGAUUUUCCUUGUUAAAUAAAGCAAUAUUUUCCAACAAA